UGGAAAGUGAUAAGCGUGCUACUGGUUCUGCCUGGGGGUUAGUAUCUGGAAUGCGGAAUUUCCACAGUGGAAAAUCUGCGUGAUCGCUGAUUUCCACCAUUAGUGGCAGGUCCCUGGCUUCUGAUGGCAGCCGAGACUCGCUGUCUAUGAGUCGUUCGCAGCACGAGUACUUGCUUCAUAGGUCCCUAGCUUUGGGGCAGCAGUACAGCUCUCUUGGAUCACAGCCGAUUCUCUGUGGCUCUAUACCUGGUUUGGUUCCUAAGCAAAUGCGAUUUUGCAGAAAUUAUAUUGAAAUUAUGCCAAGUGUGGCAGAAGGAGUGAAACUGGGGAUCCAAGAAUGCCAACAUCAAUUCAGGGGCAGGAGAUGGAACUGUACCACAAUUCAUGACAGCCUCGCCAUCUUUGGACCAGUACUCGAUAAAGCCACUCGGGAGUCCGCCUUUGUUCAUGCCAUCGCUUCAGCCGGUGUGGCCUUUGCUGUGACCCGCUCUUGUGCUGAAGGCAGCUCCACCAUCUGUGGUUGUGAUUCCCACCAUAAAGGCUCAUCGGGAGAGGGAUGGAAGUGGGGAGGCUGCAGCGAAGAUGCAGACUUUGGGGUCCUGGUGUCUCGGGAGUUUGCAGAUGCCAGAGAGAAUCGGCCAGAUGCCAGAUCAGCCAUGAAUAGGCAUAACAACGAGGCGGGACGAGCGACCAUCUUGGAUCACAUGCACCUCAAAUGUAAAUGUCACGGUCUAUCUGGCAGCUGUGAGGUGAAGACUUGCUGGUGGUCCCAGCCAGAUUUCCGAGCUAUUGGUGAUCAUCUAAAAGAUAAAUACGACAGCGCCUCAGAGAUGUCGGUGGAGAAACAUAGAGAGUCGCGUGGAUGGGUGGAGACCCUCAGGGCCAAAUAUUCACUGUUCAAACCUCCAACCGAAAGGGACCUUGUAUACUACGAAACAUCCCCGAAUUUCUGUGAACCGAACCCAGAGACCGGCUCUUUUGGAACCCGGGGGCGGUCUUGCAAUGUGACUUCCCAUGGGAUAGAUGGCUGUGACCUGUUGUGUUGUGGUAGGGGCCACAACACCCGAACAGAAAAGCGCAAGGAGAAAUGCCACUGCAUUUUCCACUGGUGCUGCUAUGUGAGCUGCCAAGAGUGUGUGAGGAUCUACGAUGUCCACACCUGCAAGUGACAAGACAGUGUUGGUCAUCAUGAUGAAGACCGUCCAUCACAGCGUCACGAGGUUUAUAAGAUGCACCUGCAGGAAUCCUGGACACAUGAGAGAACGUACCUGGAGGUAGCUAUACCCUCACCGUAAGAAGACUACCGGUGUAUUAUGUCACCACAUGCUCUUUCUGUUCUGGACUUUACAGCAGGCCGCAGUGCUGGCUACAUGGGUUAUUCUGAUAGAGGACAAUCAGGUGAUGGGGGAUAGAAGACCCGAUUGGCAGCUGAUAUAUCCAAAACUAAGAUUAGUUACAUAAAAAUGAUUACAAGGAUAGCAGCUGAGAGGACUUACGGCUAAUAGAUACUGUACCUCCAUAUGGCAGAAGGAUAGCGCUCCCAGGAGCCGUGUGUCAGCAUUUCUCUGUGACAAGACGAUGUCAGACUUCCAGCGGUCCAGCCAAAGCUUUCCAUCCGCUUCAUAGAAUUUUAUAUUCAGAAUAAUUUUUAUAAAUCUUAUUUAUUAUACAAUGUGUAUAUAUUCUAUGCUGCAACUAAGAGUAUAUAUAAUAUAUUAUAAAUAUAUAUUU